GGUGGUGGUUGGCGGUGGUGGUGUCGGUGGUGGUGGUGGUGGGUGCUCCGGGUUCCGCGAGUGUCCGCGAAAAACUAGUGCCGCGAGCCAUCAUGGCGAACCCACGGAAAUUCAGUGAAAAGAUCGCGUUGCUGAACCAGAAGGAGGCGCAGGACUCGGCGGCGUUCGAGGCGAUCAUGAAGGAGGUGUCGGACGUCACAAGCAGAGUGGCCUCGGCGAGCAGCUCGGUGGGUGCUAGUCCCACGGGAUCCGGCGUACCGGAGACCCCGCUGUCCGUCAAGAGUGCCGGCGCCAGUCCACCGCAAUCGAGCGGCAAGCAUCUCCACAUUAACCUGGGGAAUCAGUUCAGGGCGGGCGGCUCGCUGCCGAACGUAAACAACAAUGUCAAUUGCGGCAACGACGCGAAAGAGCACUCCUCGCCGCACACCGGCGCGAUCCAUUCGAUCGACCUUAAGACGGCGCUCAGCAACCUGGAGGAGAUGCAGCACAACUCCAUGGUGUACCGUAGCGACAACAGGAGCCGGAGCAUGGGGGUGGGACCGAUGCGGUCCCGGCCGAUGGAGAAGAGACACGACACGUCGCCGUACAGCGGCGUUCCUUACCUGUCGCCGCCGCCACCGGACACCUGGCGCAGAACGAACUCGGACUCGGCUCUGCACCAGAGCGCCAACGAGGCUUGCCAAUCGACCUCCGCCAUACCGCAUCGACGAGAUCAACACGUUAUGACCGGAAGCGGAAGCGACAACAGAGACCCUCAUCACGGCUUCAUCGAACGACCAAGAUCCUCGUGCGAAAUGCCUAGAGUGCCUGGGAUUAACAUAUACCCGAGCUCGCAACCACCGGGACAGCAAAUACCGAUAGGCAACAACACGGGGUCGUUGCCCGACUUGAGCAACGUACACUUCCCAUCACCCCUUCACACUCCUCUGGAUCAGGAGGAUCAUUCGAGUAGUACGCCGUUCAGCAACAGUCCUCAAACGAGCAGUCCCACAAACCUGUCGCCGACCAGCUUGGCACAAGCUGGUAGGCUGUCCUUUUCACAGGAUCCGUCAAGCGUCCAACAGGGUGUGGCACUGGAAAACAGCACAAGUACUUCGCAACAGGAUCUUCAGAGCUAUCCGCAGCAACCGGCGCCGACGGUGACGUCUCACAACCCGACUGCCGGCCACUACAUUUAUCAACAAUCGCACAGUCCUGUGCCGCCGCAAAGUCCAAAAACGUCACAGCAGCAGCAUCAACAACAUCAACAACAUCAACAGCAUCAACAAACACAGCAACAGCUCAAUUCGUUGGGAUCGUACAGAUCCACGCAAUCGGUGAACAGGCCCUCGCCGCAAUCGUCACCUAGUCUAACAGUUCAAGGAAGUCCUUUGAGCUACAGCAAUAAUCCAUCGGCGCCGCCUAGUCCUACAGGACAUCCGGGUCCGCCCAGCUUGACGUCCGACGCUAUCGAUCAGAAUUUUUUUAUCAAUCAGGCACAAGCGGCGGCCCUUCAACAGGAUUUCGAACAAUUCACAAUGGAGUGGCCGAAAUUCGCGCAACAGCUGAUGGAACUCGGUUGGACCACGCAGAUAGAGAUGGACACGCCGGUGCAGGCGAACACGAUCGGGACGUAUAUCGGAUCACCGAAUCAUACUACAAAUUACACACAGAACGACAUGAUUAAUGUCGGUGGCGAAUUAGGCAGCGGGGACGCGGGCUACUUCAGCACGAGUCCUCAAAUGGGGUAUCAACCUGCAACGACCACCGCUACUCAGCAGCUCACGCCGCAAACUCCAAACACACCUACGAUCAUUCUCACAGAUUUCUCUGGUGCGGACGAUCUCACGAAUCCGGAAUUCGUGAAGGACCUCGGUACGGCAAUGAUGGGCGAUUUUGACCCGGAAAUGUUCCCAUCGGACGACGCCCUUAGACAGGGUCUCGAUCCAAUCGACGUGGACGGUCUACAAAUGCUCGCCGACCCUACGAUGGUCAUAUCGGAUUCCAGCGCCGAAGCCCACUUUAGGUUAGAUCGACUUUAAAGGAAGAGAUUUUACACAUUUACCAACACACAUUACACAAACACAUAAACACUCCCGUAUCGACUAUUGUGUAGGAUAAAAUAAAUUCUGUCCUGGUGUCGCGAUUAAUUCUUAAGACACUUUGACAUAUACUGGGAUACUUCUUGGGCACUGACAGAUUUGCAGGGAAUUCAAUAGCGCAUCAAUAUAUGUGUAUAAAUAAUAACAUUUUUUUAGUAAAUUUUAUUUAUAU